UGCCUCGCAGUCAGUCCAAUUUCGAACGUCUUGAUGUACAGACGAGUUUCAAGUUAAUUUUCUGUAUUUGUCAUAGUUUUCGUUGCUCAAUCGGAGUGCGUAAUUUUGUCCGUCUGUUUCAUUUUAUCGUUUUGUUUUAUCGAAGUUGAAAGAGGAAUUUGGCGUGUACAUAUCAGCAUGGAAAACUCGUCAGAUUGUGACGAUAUUGGAAAUGAAUUUCGUGCGAAAGUCAAUGGUUCGGCAAGUAUUAGCCAGGUGAGCCUGGGAUCCAGUCAAAAAUCUGUGAGUCUCAGUAAAAUGGGCAGUUUCACGCCAUCGAAAAUGUCAGAUAAAUCAUCUCUAAGGCGGAAUAGGAGCUACGGGAACAUGCUGGCAUCGGGAAAUAGUGAAGCUAAAGUCCUUGUGAUCUAUACUGGUGGAACGAUUGGAAUGAUGAGAAAUGAGAAAAAUGCACUUGAACCUAUCCAGAAUGCACUUGUGAAGAAUAUCCGUCGUUUUCCACACAUGCAUGAUGUAGAAUAUGCUCAGCAGAGAUUUGGCACUGGUGCUUCUAUGGCACCUCUAGUUUUACCUUUUGUUGAAAACGAACCAAGGCGCGUGAUUUACACUAUAUCAGAGUAUGAUCCACUCUUGGAUUCCAGCAAUAUGACUAUAAAUGAUUGGGUGCGAAUUGCUGAGGAUAUUAGGCAAUCUUAUGAAUUCUUCGAUGGAUUUGUCGUUCUUCAUGGUACUGAUACUCUCUCGUAUACAGCGUCUGCCCUGUCUUUUAUGCUUGAAAAUUUGGGCAAGACAGUAAUCAUCACGGGAUCACAAAUUCCAAUCUUCGAAACUCGUACAGACGGAAAAGAUAAUUUCACAUCUGCAUUGAUAAUUGCGGGAAAUUAUGUAAUACCGGAAGUAUCAGUGUUCUUCGGUUCCAAACUUUAUCGUGGUAAUCGUACGAUAAAGGUAAGCUCAGCUUCAUUGGAUGCAUUUGACACUCCAAAUGUUCCAUGCCUGGCUAAUGUGGGCAUAAACGUAGAGGUGGAUUACAGACUGAUUUUCCGACCAUGUACUGUUAAUCGCUUUUGCGUUCAUAGUCAUCUAGAUGAGAAUGUUGGUAUUCUCAGACUUUUUCCUAGCAUCACAACGGCCACAAUUCGCGCAUUCUUACAACCACCCAUGCGAGGGGUGGUGCUGCAGUCUUUUGGGGCUGGUAAUAUUCCAUCUAAUCGCGAAGAUAUGUUGCAAGCGCUUAAGGAUGCCUCACAGAAUGGUAUGAUAAUUGUCAACUGCACACAAUGUACUACAGGUUCUGUGUGCGACUUGUAUGAAACAGGUCGCCUAUUGCAGGAUUGUGGAGUAAUCUCUGGAUAUGAUAUGACUCCUGAAGCAGCUCUCACUAAGCUGGCCUAUUGUCUUGGAAAGAGUGAGUGGUCAUUGGAGGAGAAGAAAAAGAUGAUGCAACGCAAUCUUCGGGGUGAACUUACAGCAGGGAAAUCACCUGAAAUGCAAGAAUUUGAUUUAGUGGAUGCUGUUGCGAGAUCUCUACAUCUGUCUACACCGCAAGAAUUGUCCCAGUUAGGAGCUACACUUUUUCCUGCUAUGGUGAAUUCUGCUGUAAAGGCGGGAGACUUAGCCAAGGUUGAACUCAUGAAGUCAUACGGGGCUGAUUUAUCAAGUGUCAAUUAUGAUUAUCGAACAGCUCUUCAUAUUGCCGCAGCUGAAGGGCGUGAGGAUGUCGUAAAGCAUCUCCUGCUACACGGUGUGACUGUUCAUGUGCGUGAUCGCCAUGAUCGUACACCACUCAUGGAGGCGAUUGCAAAUGAUCACCACGCAAUUAUUCGUCUUCUGAUAAAAUGUGGGGCACAUAUAACAGGAUCAGCUCGAGGUGUGGGUGAAUUUUUGUGUGCAGCAGCUGCAAGGGGAAGACUUGAGCGAUUUGAGUCAUAUCGCUUAGCUGGGGCUGACCUGUCUCAGCCAGAUCCUUCGGGACGCACUGCGCUUCAUGUUGCUGCAUUACACGGACAUAAGAAGCUCGUGGAAUAUCUACUUAAGAAUUAUGUGGAUAAAGAUGAAGUGGAUCUUCUUGGACUUACUGCGGAAGAUUAUGCAAAACGCAGUGGACACGAAGAGAUUUGUGGAAUUCUUCAAAGCGAACACAAAAAUGGAAUGAGCCACUAAAUUCUCUCUCAAAAUUUUAUUACUCAAAAUCAGAUCUAUAUGAGACUAAGUGUUUCUUCAUCAUGAUAUACCUAAAUUUUCUAUGCAUUACUCAUGGACAUUCAUAGAAAAUAAAUGACUGUACAUAGUCAAGAAUAACUAAUCCUAAUGCUCUACAUAUUGACUUUUAAUACUUCUAAUAUAAUUGUGUUUUUUUUUUUUGUAAUAUGUAAAAUUUAAUUAUGUAAUAUGUAUAUUUUACUGAUAAAAAAAUUGUACGGAAUACAGUAA